AUGGUGAAACGGAAAAGCCAGGACGAUACGCAGCCGGAUUAUGGCCGAGGCAUCCCCUUCCCAAUACAGACAUUUCUGUGGCGACAGACCAGCGCCUUUCUGCGUCCAAAGUUGGGGAAGCAGUAUGAAGCAUCCUGUGUGUCAUUUGAGCGUGUGUUGGUGGAGAAUAAGCUCCAUGGCCUUUCCCCUGCAUUGACUGAGGCUAUCCAGAGCAUCCCUCGUCAUGAGUUGCUACAAGCAGCACUGCCUCAUGUUCUUCACUGCACCUCCAUAUUGUUGUCCAACAGAAACAAAUUGGGGCACCAGGAUAAGUUAGGUGUGGCAGAGACAAAGCUUUUGCACACAUUACACUGGAUGCUACUGGAGGCUCCUCAGGAGUGCCCUCCAGGGUAUGGGCAGGGAUUGGGCAGCAGUCAUGCUCUCCUGGCUAACCAGAGUGCGGCAUUCCCCAAUGCCUCCACAGAGGAGGAUGAGAAUGUCCGUUUCAAAUUGUACCAGCGCAGCAUGGCCACUGUUGAGCUGUUCAUCUUUCUGUUUGCUCCUCUCAUCAACCGAAUAAAGGAAUCAGAUCUUACCUUUAGAUUGGCCAGUGGUUUAGUAAUUUGGCAACCAAUGUGGGAGCACCGUCAGCCUGAUGUACCAGUUUUCUCUGCCUUCAUCAAACCUGCACGCAGCAUUGUAACAGCCAAAAGAACAUCUCCUGGGAUCAUCAAACUGUGCCCCUCACAAAGUGACAGUAACCCUGGGACCAUGGGUGUUCAGGUGGUCUGUGAAACAAGCCAAUCCAGUACCUCUCCCUCUGCUGGAGGACAGAGUUGUCGUCGUGGUAAUUCUGUGGAGAGUAGUGGUCUCUCACAACAGCCUUCACAGAAGAGGUUUUCGGCUCCUGAUGGUGUUGCAGUGUCCUUCUCACAGAAGGCACGGUAUGCCACGUUUUUUGAUGUGGCAGUACUGCGUUGCCUUCUGCAGCCUCACUGGGUAGAGGAAGGUGUUUACUGGGCACUUAUGUUCUACCUGCAUCGGCUCAGAGAGAUACUGGAGGAAAAACCCCAUAAACAAUCAGAACCACCAAACACAGCACUACCACGCCCCCGGAGUUCCUCUAUGGUGGCUGUGACGCCCUCAUUGGUCAACACACACAAGACACAGGACAUGCUGAAGUGUAAUGAAGAGGAAAAGUCUCUAAGCUCAGAAACCUUUGGUAAAGUGUCUCUUACCAACCUGAGGAGGCAAGCUGUUCCUGAUCUAUCUUCAGACCUAGGCAAAAAUAUCUUCAAGAAGUUCAUGAACCGCCGAGAUGACCGUGAACGUAAAGGUUCAAUACCGUUUCAUGUGGGAGGAGCCAAGAAGCGUCAACGCCGUAUGGGUGUUCCUUUCCUGCUUCAUGAGGACCACCUAGAAGUUUCUCCUACAAGAAGUACCUUCUCUUUCUCCAGCUUAAGUGGUCUCACAGAUGACCGACGACCUCUUGACCGUGGUGGUUGGCAGGCAACAAUUAUGGGAAAAUUCACUCGGCGUGGCAGCACAGAGAUGGCGACAGACACUGACAGUCUGUCUGUAAAACACACCCAUUCACAUCACAAUCUGCCAGAGCAUACCAACAGCCAUGUAGACAAUACCAUCAAAGAGGUGCAAUCUCAGAUCUCCACAAUCACCAUGGCAACAUUCAACACUACAGUGGCAUCGUUCAAUGUGGGCUAUGCUGACUUUUUCACUGAGCACAUGAAGAAACUUUGCAGCCCUGUGCCCAACCCUGAGAUUUCCAAUGAACCCCUGGCAUGUGCAAAUCUGCCCCGUUCUCUAACUGACUCAUGCAUCAAUUAUUCUUCGCUAGAAGAGGGGGACAACAUUGAUGGAACCAAUAAUUUCAUCCUGAAGAAUGGCAUGCUUGAUCUCACAGCAGUGCUCCGUGCUUUGUAUGCAGUGCUCAAUCAUGACAUCAGCUCACGGGUGUGUGAUGCUGCACUCAGUAUCAUUGAGUGUUUGUUACAGCUUGGCGUUCCAGGAAAGAACAAGUGUCAAAGCGGCUCGGACAACAAGGAGAAUUCUGAAGCAAGAUCCAAAGAUGGAAGCAAUCUUAGGGCCCCAAUGGGAGAGUUUGGAGUGGGGCCUGAUGGAGGAGGGGGCGGUGGAGAUGGGGGUGGAGGAGAUGGAAGCGAUAGCAAAGAUAACAUAAAAAACAACAAGCAAAAGGAAGAGACUUCUUCCUUAAGCCCUCAUAGGUUGGCACUUACUAUGCUGAUCAAGAUAGUGAAAUCACUUGGCUGUGCCUAUGGCUGUGGAGAGGGUCAUCGAGGCCUGUCUGGAGACCGGCUGCGUAUGCAGGCCCAAAGUUGCCUUACCACCUUGUACAAGAUGGAUAAGGUUCAGUUCCGUGAGACAAUGAGGGAGUAUGUCAACAAGGACUCACUCAACAAUGUUGUGGACUUUCUUCAUGCACUUCUGGGAUUCUGCAUGGAACCCAUUACUGACAAUAAGGCUGGGUUUGGGAAUAACUUCACCACAGGAGGGGACAAGUCUGUGGCCCAGAGCAUGGAGUCAGUGGUUGUGGGCUGUAUGUUUAAAUCCCUAAUCACACGAUGUGCCUCCACCACACAUGAACUCCACAGCCCAGAGAAUCUGGGUUUGUACUGUGACAUCAGGCAACUGGUGCAGUUCAUAAAAGAAUCGCAUGGCAAUGUGUUCCGACGUGUUGCUUUAAGUGCCCUAUUGGACAGCACAGAGAAACUCGCAAGUCAGCGCAAACCUGAGGAGAAAGAAGACAUCAGUAAACCACCUACACGCAGGUCAGAGUUGGGAACAUUGGGCGAAAAGGGCCAGUCAGCCUCUGCUGCUGAUGAGUGUCGCAGCUGCAUCUCCAGCCGACCCCCUCAAACACCGGAACAUGAGGAACAGAUUCCAGGUGCUCUACUGGGAAAGAAAGAUUUCUGGAGGAAAAUGUUCAAGUCCCAGAGUGCAGCAAGUGACACUAGUAGCCAAUCAGAGCAGGACACGUCAGAGUGCACUACGGCGCACAGUGGUACCACCAGUGAGAGGCGCUCACGCUCAAGAUCACGACGCAUCUCUCUGCGCAAGAAACUCAAGUUACCCAUUAGUAACUGGCUGAAACGCUCUUCCUUGUCUGGUUUAACGGAUGGUGUAGAAGACCUAUUAGACAUUAGUUCAGUGGAUCGCCUCUCUUUCAUUCGUCAGGGUUCAAAGGUAAAAUUUACAAGUGCAGUUAAGUUGUCUGAGGGACUGAUGGAAUUUGGCCAUGACGAAGAGGAGACCUUCUUCAAGCGACUUGGAUGUCAUAGUUUCCAGGAGAGGCUGGUAGCCAGUCAGGAGGCUCUGAAGAACCGGAAUGUCGUUAACCUUGGUGCAAUUCGACAAGGAAUGAAGAGAUUCCAGUUUCUCCUCAACUGUUGUGAGCCCGGUACCAUUCCAGAUGCGUCCAUACUGGCUGCUGCCCUUGAUCUGGAAGCUCCAGUUGUUGCAAGAGCUUCACUCUUUCUGGAGUGUGCACGGUUUGUGCAUCGGUGUAAUCGUGGCAACUGGCCUGAGUGGAUGAAGGGCCAUCAUGUCAAUAUUACCAAGCGAGGUUUGUCACGUGGACGCUCACCGGUAGUUGGAAACAAAAGGAAUCAAAAACUUCAGUGGAAUGCUGCCAAACACUUCUGCCAAUGGGGCGACGCUAUCGGAACACGUUUAAGUGAAUUGUGCCACUCAGAUAGUGAGAGUCCAGCAAAUAUCCUUGGCUUCAUCUUCGAUGAGGAGACCAAACGGAAAAUGAGGAAGGAGGAUGAGGAUGAAGAUUACUUGGAUGAUAACACCGUGAAUCCUACCAAAUGUGGCUGCCCAUUUGCUCUGAAGAUGGCAGCAUGCCAGUUGCUGUUGGAGAUCACCACCUUCCUACGAGAGACUUUCCCUUGCCUUCCCCGUCCACGCACUGAACCCCUGGUUGACAUGGAUAGUUGUCGUCUUCGUUUGGACCCUGAGCUAGGACGUCAUCGAUAUGAGCGCAAGAUUAGUUUUGCUGGUAUCCUGGAUGAUGAGGAUGGACAUGAUUCCCUGACUAGCAGCAGUCACACGCUCAAAUCUGACAUUGCUUUUGAUGACAAAAAAAAUCAAGACACAAUCGGUCCUAACAGAAAGAUCCGAAUUGGCGGAUCACGUCUGCUACAGAUCAAAGGAGCAAGGAGUUUUAGAGUGAAAAAGGGGGGAUCUCUGUCUUCGAUCAAACGUGCUGGGAGUCUGAAGAGCACUAAGAUGUCCCGACAGGAUUCUGAAUCUGAGAAUGAGGAAGGACUUCUGUCUCAGAGCAGAGAUACAGUCACUGACAUAGGAAGCCCAUGCAGUACAAGUGAGCCAAGUAUUGAACCGGAAAGACAGAGUACGGGAGCUGGUGAAGAGAACUAUCAUCGCAACAUGUCUUGGCUACACGUGAUGAUUCUACUGUGCAAUCAGCAGAGUUUCAUCUGCACACAUCAAGAUUUCUGUCACCCUCGUUGCUACCAGCAUCAUAGUAGAUCAUGUGCUCGCCUCGUCCGAGCAAUCAAGCUGUUGUAUGGUGAAUCAGUUGAUGGUCUAAGAGAUGGAUCUGGAGUGAACAUUGGGACAAGGACAAAAAAGAGCAAAGAGUGCUCUGAUAAGUCCUGUCUCAGGACCCCCUCCAUGAAGAGACGUCCCACUGACAGUAAUACAGAAGGGAAGAAGGACAUAGGAAUGCUCAAGUACAUCCGGAAUCAGGUGAUGAGUCUGUCUCCUGCACCACUCUCAUUGCUGAUAAAAGCAGCACCUAUUCUCACUGAGGACAUGUAUGGAGACAUCCAGCCUGCUGCCUGGGAGCUGCUUCUAAGUGUGGAUGAGCAUAUGGCUGCUGCCGCAGCUGCAAUGUUCCUGCUGUGUGCAGUAAAAGUCCCUGAUGCUGUGACAGAGAUGAUGUUGGCUGAGUUCCAACAUCAAGAGGCAGGUCAGCGCAUCAGCUCUGUUUUGAAAUUCCAAACACUCUGGCGGUUCCGUUACCAGGUGUGGCCCCGUAUGGAGGAGGGUGCUCAGCAAAUUUUUAAGAUUCCACCUCCUAGUAUCAACUUCACUCUACCUUCUCCCAUCUUGGGAAUGCCAUGUGUGCCCAUGUUUGAUCCUCCAUGGGUGCCCCAGAACACAGGCAGUGUGCAGGAUCCAAUCAACGAAGAUCAGUCGAAGUCCUUCUCGGCACGUGCAGUGUCGCGUUCUCAUCAACGGGCUGAGCACAUUCUCAAAAAUUUGCAACAGGAGGAGGAAAGAAGGAGGCUGGGCCGGGAGGCAUCUAUCAUCACAGCCAUACCCAUCUCUCAAGAAGCCUGUUAUGAGCCCACCUGCAGCCCCCCACCUGAACAGGAGGAGGAGGAGGAGGUUGUCAAUCUGGCCUCGCGACGUCUAUCUGUGAGCCCCUCGUGUGCCUCCUCAAAUUCUCAUAGGAACUACUCCUUUCGCAGGGGCUCUCUGUGGAGUGUGCGCUCUGCUGUCAGUGCUGAAGAUGAGGAUAAUACCACAGAACACACCCCUACACACCAUGUUGUACAGCCGCCUCAAGCUGUUUUCCCAGCAUGCAUUUGUGCUGCUGUUCUGCCUAUUGUGCACUUAAUGGAGGAUGGGGAGGUUCGUGAAGAUGGAGUUGCAGUGAGUGCUGUUGCUCAGCAGGUGUUGUGGAACUGUUUGAUUGAAGACCCUGCCUUAGUGCUUCGACAUUUCCUGGAAAAGCUCACCGUUAGCAACAGACAGGAUGAGCUUAUAUACAUGCUGAGAAAGCUAACGCGUAAUAUUGGAGAUAUGCCUGCCCAGACGUCACACAUUCUAUUCAACUACCUGGUGGGCCUGAUUAUGUAUUUUGUGCGAACACCAUGUGAGUGGGGUAUGGAUGCCAUCUCAGCUACACUGACAUUCCUGUGGGAAGUUGUAGGUUAUGUGGAGGGGCUGUUCUUUAAGGAUCUCAAGCAGACCAUGAAAAAAGAGCAGUGUGAGGUGAAGUUACUGGUGACAGCCUCCAUGCCAGGAACCAAAACUUUGGUGGUACAUGGACAGAAUGAGUGUGACAUCCCGACACAACUGCCUGUGCACGAGGACACUCAGUUUGAAGCACUUCUUAAGGAGUGUCUGGAGUUUUUUAAUAUUCCAGAGGCACGCUCUUCUCAGUACUUCCUCAUGGACAAGCGAUGGAACCUCAUUCAUUAUGCAAAGACUUAUGUGAGAGACAUUUACCCCUUCCGAAGAUCUGUAUCCCCUCAACUCAACCUGGUGCACAUGCUGCCAGAGAAAGGACAAGAGCUAAUUCAGAAGCAGGUGUUCACCCGUAAGCUGGAGGAGGUUGGACGGGUUCUCUUCCUCAUCUCCUUAACACAGCGCAUGCCAGCCUCUCACAAGCAGUCCCAUGUGUCCCUUCUGCAAGAAGACCUGCUGCGUCUUCCCUCAUUUCCCAGGACUGCUAUCAAUGCUGAAUUUUCUCUUUUCAACGAGUCACAGGGCAAAGAGCUGUUUGGCUUGGACACCCUUCACAAGAUGCUGUGGAUUAAGCUCUUGGAGGAAAUGUUUUUGGGCAUGCCCAGUGAACACCCAUGGGGAGAUGAAAUGAUGCUCUUCUUGAAUGUGUUGAAUGGUGCACUGCUACUGCACCCAGAGGACAGCGCCCUCCUCAGGCAGUACACUGCCACUGCCAUCAACACAGCUGUGCACUUCAACCAUCUCUUUUCUCUCAGUGGAUACCAGUGGAUUUUGCCAACAAUUCUGCAGGUAUAUUCUGAUUAUGAAAGUAACCCAUUGUUCAGAAAGGGUAUUGAGUUCUGCUGCCGACAGUUCUACAUUCUUCACCGUAAGCCUUUUGUCCUGCAGCUGUUUGCUAGUGUUGCACCGCUGUUGGAGUUUACAACAAGCACCAGCACUGGGUUAGCCAAAGGAGUCUCGGCCCAGUGUCUUUUUGACUUACUUGUGUCUUUGGAGGGUGAGACUAUUGAUGCACUUGAUGCCCUUGAGCUUGUCAAGGCAGAGAAGCCACUACGUUCACUGGACUUUUGUUAUGGAAAUGAUGACUUAGCUUUCACCAUCAGUGACUCCAUCAAGCUAUGCGUGACAGUUGUUGCAUAUGCACCUGAGUCCUUUAGAAGUCUACAGAUGCUGAUGGUUCUAGAAGCACUGGUGCCAUGCUACCUGCAGAAACUGAAGAAGAACACAGUGGCACUGGAAUCUGCAUGUGCAGCAAGGGAUGAGAUCGCUGCCAUUGCAGCACUUGCUACAUCACUCCAGGCCUUACUCUAUAGUGUUGAGACUUUGACACGACCGAUGACAGCCCCUCAGCUGAGUCGCUGUGAUCAAGGCCAUAAAGGAGCUGCUGCUGGCAACCACACGCUGUCUGGAGGAGCCCAUACACGAUACCCCUAUAUGUGUGUGCACUGUCAUUACAUUUUUAGUGAUGACCUGAAUCUGCUGGAGGAGGGUCAAGGUGUUCCCCGCGAGGAGCUUGAUGAGAGGAUUGCACGUGAGGAGUUCAGACGACCACGAGAGUCUCUGCUCAAUAUCUGCACUGAGUUCUACAAGCACAGCGGCCCCAGGCUCAAGAUUCUGCAGAAUGUUGCAGGAGAGCCGCGUGUAACUGCUCUGGAGCUUCUGGACAUCAAAUCACACAUGAGAUUGGCUGAGAUUGCCCACUCCUUGUUGAAGCUGGCUCCUUAUGACACACUGACCAUGGAGAGUCGUGGGUUGCGUCGCUACAUAAUGGAGAUGCUGCCCAUCACUGAUUGGUCGACAGAGGCAGUUCGUCCUGCACUCAUCCUUAUUCUAAAGCGCCUGGACAGAAUGUUCAACAAGAUCCACAAGAUGCCAACGCUCAGACGGCAGGUGGAAUGGGAAGCUGCAAGUAGUCUGAUUGAAGGGAUCUGUCUGACAUUGCAGCGACAGCCAAUCAUCUCCUUUUUGCCUCAUCUGCGCUCACUCAUUAAUGUCUGCGUCAAUCUGGUGAUGGGUGUUGUAGGUCCCUCUAGUGUGGCUGAUGGCCUACCUCUGCUUCACUUAAGUCCCUACCUAUCUCCACCCCUCCCUUUCAGCACUGCAGUGGUGCGACUUGUAGCUCUGCAGAUACAGGCUCUGAAGGACGACUUCCCACUAAGCCAUGUGAUAUCCCCUUUCACCAAUCAGGAACGACGAGAGAGUAUGCUGCUCAACCUUCUGAUCCCAUUUGUACUCACAGUGGGAUCUGGAAGCAAAGAUAGUCCUCAUCUGGAGCAACCAGAGGUUUUGCUUCUGCUUCAAACAGUGUUGAACAUCCUCCUGCCCCCACGCAUCAUAAGCACUUCCCGUAGCAAGAGCUUCAUGUUGGACUCCUCUCCUGCCCACUGUUCCACCCCUGGGGACACAGGAAAGGACCUGCGCAGAGAAGGAUUGACAGAGUCAACUAGUCAAGCUGCCUAUUUGGCUCUUAAGGUGGUGCUGGUGUGUUUUGAGAGGCAGUUGGGCAGCCAGUGGUACCAGCUCAGUCUACAGGUGAAAGAAAUGGCUAUAAGGAAGGUGGGCGGAAUGGCAUUCUGGGAUUUUAUUGACUUCAUUGUACGCACACGCAUACCCAUCUUUGUCCUGUUGCGGCCCUUCAUUCAAUGUAAGCUCUUGACACAGCCUGCCGAGUCUCAGGAAGAGAUCACAGCGCGGCAUCACAUUGCAGAUCAGCUGGAGAGACGCUUUAUCCCGCGUCCACUCUGCAAGAGCUCUCUGUUUGCAGAAUUUAGUAACGAGCUGAAGAUCCUAAAGGAGGCAGUGCACAGUGGCUCAGCAUAUCAGGGAAAGACAUCUAUUAGUACAGUGGGGACAUCCACAUCAGCAUACCGCUUAAGUCUGGCCACCAUGUCCCGUUCCAACACGGGCACAGGAACGGUCUGGGAGCAGGACAGCCAGCCAUCACGCCAACCGUCCCAAGACACACUUAGCCGCACUGAUGAGGAAGACGAAGAGAAUGAUUCCAUGAGUAUACCCAGUGUUGUAAGUGAGCAUGAGGCAUUUAUUCCAAGUGCUAUCACUCAUCGACGCUUUUCCAGCCAUGCCACUGGAACUUCACAGCCUGAACACAUCAGCGGCACCAUGCUUCCGAGCCAAAGUGAACCCAAUGUGCUAGAUGAGUGCCAGGGACUGCUGGACGAGGGUAACCUGUCUAGGGUGGCUAGUGUCCAGAGUGAGCCUGGUCAACAAAAUCUGCUGAUCCAACCGCCCUUAGGAAGAAAACGUGGCUUGCGGCAGUUGCGACGCCCCCUAUUGUCCAUACAGAAGGUGCCUACAGAGUCUCGUGGUCGCAGUAAUGCUAGACUUUCCACCACACGCAGGAGCAUCCAACCUAAGAACAGACCACUGGAAACUUUAUUGGACUGUGAAGCUCAUGGGGAACAGAAACGGUCUGUAACUUUCACUGAGACACACCCGGAGACCUGUAGUAAAUCUAACCCAGAGAAAAGAAAGCCUAGUCCUCCUCCCAGUGUUGCUGUGAAAGCAGAUCUGGAAAGUCCUGGUUGCCAACAGACUACCACCGCAAGCGAGAGCAAGGAGAUGAAGGAAAUGGCCACAUUGAGCAACCAACUAUCUCCACCUGCUUUUUCUCACUUGUCACCUCACACCAUUUCCUGUCCUUCUACCCCUGUGGCUCGCUCAUUGUCUCCUCUAGCACCCACUUUGGUUUCUCUUCCAUCUCAUAUCGGAGAGAGCCCAGAAGAUGAAGAAACGUCCCUGCUACUGCAACAUCCAGACCCAGCCCUAACCCAAAGAAAGGAGCAUGGGACAGAGAACCCCCUCCUCAAACCCCUUCUUCCACAGCCACAGGUCCCCUGUGUCUCUCCUUUCACAUUAUCACCUGUAGACCUUGAUCUAAAUGAGUCACAUGUCUGAAAUAUAUUGUACUGUUUAGUCAGGUUGUCCCAUUGAGCUGGCAAUUAUGCUGCCAGUAAAAAAAAAGUAGCAGCACAUUGACACAUGGGCUUUCACAGGGUCACCACACCAAACUACAUGUGAAAUGCUAAAACACACAAACUAAGUGUUUGUUCUUCUUUGACUGGUGUUUCACUACAAAAGUAUUGCAAUACCCUGAAAUUAGAAACAUCACAAUACCUACUUAUUACGUAUUAGUAUCGAUACUUAGGCCCACUCAAAGUUUCUUCUUCUUCUUUUUUUAAAAUGCGUUCUGCAAUAAAGGGAGACUAGCGUUGGUCACUGUUUGGAAUGAAAGGUAGAAAACAUGACAGAGUAACACAGUAUAUAUUUAUGAAGACUUUAGUUAAGGCCGUAGCCCUGAGUUGCUAAGGCGGCCUUAGCAGGAAAGCUCUGCGGAAACCCUGCAUAGAGCGCAUUUUGCUAAGAAAAGUAGACCAACUGUUCCGCCCAAUACUUUUGAGAUUCCAGUACCUUGAAAUAUUUGUGUCAAAAGGUCACGUGAUGAAAAAUAUGGGUGCACCUAAAUUUUGUGCUAGUGCAGCUAAAUAAAAUGGUUAGGCGCACCAGUACAACCAAUGCAAAAAAUUAGUCUGGAGCCCUGAAUAUGUAGACAAAUGCAGAGAAGCAAUUUUAGAAACACCUUCUGUAUUACCCUUCAUCCUGUAGUUAUCCCAGGUUGUUAUAUAAUAUGUAUUGUAUACCCAUUGAUUUGGAAUAGCAAAAUUGUAAUUCCAUCAGGGAUCUUUGGUAUUCAUUAGUACACCAUGUACUGUAGUACAGUAGUAAGCAUCACUGAGUUGAUAAUAUUAUGUUAAUGUAGGCUACUGUACAUCCCAGUGUGCAAAUAUCUCUCAAAGCUGUCAGUGGGUAGUGUGUGAUGUGUGUAUGUGCCUGAAAGUAAAUGUAAUCAAAGAAACAAUGCAGUGUAGCCUAGCUCUUGUCAUAUUGGCAUGCAUCAUAUUGUGUGUUUGACGCCCGUUACAUUUACCAGGAAAACAUGGACAUAUACUGGAAAGCCGUUUUUAUUUUGGGGUCAAUGUUCACAUGUGCCUGAAACAUGGUACUGUUUGCAGAGACCACAUGAUGGCUAAAACUGUACUCCAGCAGUGAAUGGAACACAGAAUAAGAAAUUCUACUUCUUUGAUUUAUGUAUUCGUGGGAUAGUCACAGGAAAACUUAAGGACAAAAUUAUAUGAGAAGAGUAAAGAAUGACCAAUCAUCUUUUCUAUUGUAUGAAUGAAAACUCCAGGUGACAGCCAUUUAAUUACAGGUUAAAGCUGGUCACAAGUACUGUCCGUACGAAAAAAUGAAAGCAAUCGUUUUUACCUAGCUCAAGCCAACAGCUAAAGCAACCAGGCUGUUACAUUCAGCCUGGUCCCCAUUCUCAUGCACCCAGAGCUGUAGCUUUAAAUAACUUUAAAUAAAUAGGAGAAACUUCAAGGAACAAUACUGUCAGAAUGCUGAGCUCUAGUUAUAUGCCCCAAUGUUAAGCUUUAUUAUGCUUACUGUACCUCCUUUCACUUAGGCCUACCCUUAUGUAGAUGUCUGUGUUCUAUUGAACUUAGUUUUGUUCGAAAUGGGUUGUUCUGAUUAAGUGAUCAGUUACAGAUUUAGACAUUCCGCGUUAAAACAGCAGGUAAACAGCGCCAAAUCUGUCUAUGUUGCACUCUUUAACAUAUCUAAAAUACUCCCAUGCAGUGUGAUAAUAGUGAAGAUUGUUUAAAAAAAUCACAAACACAAGCUCUGGUCAAGACAGCCGAGGCUAAAGAUUACUGUACAUGUAGCAUAAACAUAUUUGUGUGACUAUCAAUAUGUAGGUGACUGUUUCUACAUCAACAGCAAUUGGCUCUCAAAGCUAAACCACACAGGGCUAAUCACAUUAGUUUGUCAAGUGAUAACAUUGAUUCUUACAUACAUGGCUCUAUUUUAGCAAACGGAAAUGCCUAGUCAGAAACAGAAAGUCCAGUCCACAUUCGCAAAUUCAAUGGCGUGGUUUUGUGAUCAGAGGCCAGGUGCCUUGUUCAAAAUGGUUGUUUUAUGUUUCUUAUCAUUCAUGUUUUUUUUUUUUUUGCUGUAACAUCCUUUAAACCAAUGAGACUGACAUCUGACAUUUCUUUGAACAGCAUGCAGCCCCACAUCAAACAGUGAGUCAGUAUUUUGACAGCGCAUUUGAAGGAAUUUCUUGGUUAGUGGCGUAAUGAUAUUUAGAGGGUAUAGGAGUGAUUUUUGGAUCAUGCGCCAGGCCACACCCCUGUUAAUUGGCACACCCCUGGGCACAAUGUUUAAUUAAAAUAGGGCUCAUGGAGAAAAAAUCAUCACUGGAUUGGGUGAACAAACCCAAGUGUCGUGCCUUUUGCGGGGUGUAGGCCUAUGAUAGGACUCAUACUGUAUAAAUGGUACAAACUGUAGGCUACAUUAAGACAGUGGUUUCUGUUUAGACCACUGAUUCAGUUGGGACCUCUCAUCAGGGUUAAUGGUUGUAAAAAAAUGAUCUUAAUAUGUUUUUGUACAAAACAAUAGCAUACAGAUGGAAUUUGAAAAGCAGGUCAACAUUAUUACCAAUUUGCCAAUUGCUGAAUCAAUGUCUUCUGGAACUUCUUCUAAACUACUACUUCCGCUUAACAAGCAGAUAUGAUUAGAUCCGUUCUGGUUCUGAUUUAUAACCCUUAACUUAAUUUGCUCAAAUAGACCAAUGAAUAGAGCGAAAAACACCAAAUCUUCAAAACCUCUAGCUUAGCCAAUGGCUGUUGCUUUGAUUAAUUUCCAAAAUGUUUGUUUUAAACCAAAAUGAUAUAUAGCUCCUUCAAUGGGAGCAAAUAUGAUGAUUGCUUUUUAUGAAUUAACCCCAGUAUAGUAUUGAUUUUGCAUGGGGGAUACUACUGAAUUCACUGUAGUCAGGAGUUGUUGCCCUGCAUGAAAAUUUAGCUAGCAGGGUGAUAAAUGAUAGUCAGUGUGCCUUUCCAUGAACCACAUUCCAAUGCAGUUAUCUGUUCAGAAAACAAGGAAAUCCUCUCUUCUCUGUUCAUUGCUCAUUGUAAUUUUAUCAAGCUGUUGCAUAGGCUGAUAUUUAAACUUCAGCCAAGAAAACUAUUUGUAGCUAUCUGUAUGUAUGAAAUAGAUGUGUCUAUGUGCCCAUGUACCCAUAUUAUAUUCUGUAUUUAUUU